AUGGACAAUGGAAUGAACUAUUUGGUCAAUUUGCAAGAAGAUAUGCAAGGUAGUGAUGGUUUACUCCGGAGAAUGGCUGGUGCAGGACCUGCAUCUCGAGGGAACCUUGCUUCUCGAGAAGAACCAGAAUUAGACAGCAGGGCGCGCAGAGUAUGUGAUAAACUUUCAGAGAACUUACACAUCAUUGCUAAUGAACCAUCGUUAGCCUUUUACAGAGUCCAAGAACAUGUCAGGAAAUCUCUGCCUCAACUUGUGGACCAAAAGCAUGUUGUAGCUUCAAUCCAACACAAAGUCCAAGGAGCCUGUUUUGAUGCAGAAUAUGCCAAAAAUGCAGUCAAUGCAAUGCAGAGUAGCAGUGUUCACUUUCAGAAUAUCCAAGAUCUGUUGAAGAACGCCAUGUUCAUGAAACAACAAAUUGAAUAUGAAGAGAACAGAAAUUCCACAACAGAAAAUUUAGUGUCUCCAGAGCCACAAGAAUCAAAGCAAAAGACUUGCUCCACAGAAUGA